AUGUCCAACCAUAUGAAGGAAAUAAGAGCUCGGCCAGCUGUCGUACUCUAUUGCCAAUUACUUCCACACAAUUUCUGCCAUAAUACUACCUCACAAGCUGAGAACAAGAGAGUAGACUUGAUUACCCAGCUCAACGCCAUGUUUGUGUUGAUCAUACUUGCCAUCCUAGGGAUGGCUGAAGCGCGAACAUCUGCGGUUGGGAGAACCGUAGAUGGGAGUACUACCACCAGCCAGCCCCUGAACUACAUGAUCAGUUCGUUGGAGACUCGUAGGUCGCUGCUGGGUGAUGGCCCAGGCACAAGUCCUUCAAAUUUGACUCUCCCCUCCACUUCUGGCUGUCAGAAGAUAUGUGGUAACCUGACCUUCGACUAUCCAUUUGGCAUAGGAGCUGAUUGUUUCAGGCAUCCUGAUUUCAGUCUCAUCUGUAACCGAACCACUCAUCCUCCAAAGCUUUUCUUACAUGAUGAUAGUACAGCCCAGGUCGUGUCCAAUAUUGACACCGUUGGUAUAUCCCCGGGGGGCGACAUACUAAACAUCCAGAUGAACACGAUUGAUGUCAAUUUUUCCAAAACCAUCCCAAUGAAAUCUGAUGUCGAUGUCUACAACAUGUCAUGGACUCCGGGGAAUUCUUUUUCCUUUAUGGGGAUGUUAUCUCUUCUUGUGAUCAUUGCCUGCGAUUUGGAUGUGUACUUGGGACCUAAAGACCCUGGUACUAACCGUACGUUGCUUUGCAAGGUAACCUGCCCAAGCAUAGAUAUCGCGGAGCAAGUGUAUAGGCAGGACCCCGAUGGCCCUGGAUCGUGUUUAGAAUUUACACAAACGUUUGCUAAUACUGUCGAGUUACAAUUUGUUCGCCACAGAACAAGUAGGAUAAAAGCACAAUCUAAUCUCAGCAUCUUGUGGGAUGAAAUCAACAUUAAUUUUGGGACCGUAGUCGUGUGGAGUAUCCCUGACCAUGUGAGAUGCUCCAGUGCAAUGGAAGAUAGCAAGUAUGCAUGUAUCAGCAACCACAGCCAAUGCAUGGUUCCAGCGUAUGUACCUGGUUAUGUCUGCCGGUGCAGCAUAGGUUAUGAAGGAAAUCCCUAUCUCCUCGAUGGCUGCUCGCCUGACAACGUGUACAGUCCAAGACCACGAAAGUUGAAUUGUUCUGAACGGUGUGGGAGUAUUAAUGUCUUAUUUCCUUUCGGCCUUGAAGAAGCUUGUUCUGCGAGGAAGAGUUUUCAGCUUAACUGCUCAGACAGUUCUACACCACCCAUUCUCAGUCUCAAUGCUUUAAUAGACGUGACAUACAUAAAUGUCAGUGAGGGGCUUUUGGGAAUCAAAUAUAAAUCAGAUGUUGGAAACAUGUUAUUACAUCCGUUAAUGCAACCUUCAGAAUCUCAAGAACCAGAACUGUACGUGGAUCCUCUGGAAUCAGCUUCUGUGCGAUGGGCUGUUGCAAAUCUUACAUGCCAAGACGCGAGAAAUAACAUCUCUGGAUAUGCAUGCGUGAGUACCUAUAGCUCCUGCCUGGGCGUCAUCAGCUCCAUUGAAGGUUAUGUUGGUUACAGGUGCGUAUGCUUGCCUGGUUUUGAAGGAAAUCCAUACAUCACAGAUGGUUGUACAGAUAUUGAUGACUGUGCACGGACACCAGGCCUUUGCAAAGGCAUUUGCCAAAACACCAUCGGAAACUACAGCUGCACGAAGUGCCCCGAUCAUACAGAGUACGAUAUUACAAAAAUGCAGUGCAUGCCAAAAGCAAAGCAAAAUCUCUUCUUAGGUAUUAUAAUUGGGCUUAGCACCGGCUUUGGCCUGCUGCUUCUCAGCUUAAGCGCAGUACUGCUUGUUCGAAGAUGGAAAAGAGAUGCCGAGAAGAAACUAAGAAGGAAAUAUUUUCGGAUGAACCAGGGCCUGCUCUUAGAACAGCUGAUAUCAUCAGAUGAGAAUGCGAGCGAAAAGACAAAGAUUUUCUCUUUGGAAGAGCUUAGUAAGGCAACAAAUAACUUUGAUACUGCACGUAUCCUUGGCCACGGAGGGCAUGGGACGGUGUACAAAGGUAUCUUAUCAAACCAGCAUGUGGUAGCCAUAAAAAAGUCCAAGUUCGUCAGGAAAGGUGAGAUCAGCGACUUCGUCAAUGAGGUCGCGAUCCUCUCUCAGAUAAAUCACCGAAAUAUUGUUAAACUCUUUGGGUGCUGUCUUGAAACUGAGGUCCCCUUACUAGUGUAUGAUUUCAUCUCCAAUGGUUCAUUAUUCGAUGUUCUUCAUCCGGCGGAUUCAAGCAACAUAGUAUUUUCUUUGUCAUGGGAUGACGGCCUGCGAAUUGCAUCAGAAGCUGCAGGUGCUCUGUAUUAUCUCCACUCUGCGGCAUCAGUAUCAAUCUUCCAUCGGGAUGUGAAAUCCUCUAAUAUACUCUUGGAUGCAAACUAUGCUGCAAAGAUUUCGGAUUUUGGUGCUUCAAGAAGUGUUCCCAUUGAUCAAAGUCAUCUUGUUACAAAUGUACAGGGCACAUUCGGUUACUUAGAUCCUGAAUAUUAUCAGACAGGGCAGCUAAAUGAGAAGAGUGAUGUUUACAGUUUUGGCGUGGUACUCUUAGAACUUUUUAUAAGGAAACAACCUGUAUUUUCCAUUGGGUCCGGAAUGGAAAUGAAAGAGAACUUGUGCAACUACUUCCUAUCGGAGAUCAAGUCAAGAGAACCCAAGGAAAUAGUGGCACCUCAAGUUCUUGAAGAAGCAACUGACCAAGAGAUCAACAGGUUUGCUUCCCUUGCAGAAAUGUGCUUGAGGAUAAGAGGGGAAGAAAGGCCCACGAUGAAGCAAGUCGAGACGAUAUUGCAGCAGUUGCGAGCAGAUAGCAUAAACUCAUCAUUAUCUCAAGUUAUUCCAGCUUCUGGGGAAGAGAUACUGCAAGGUCACCACCAGCCCAUGGUUGUGAACAUGGACGAGAGGCCAUGUAAUACUAAUAUUAUAGCAUCACAGCGAAGCCAAAAUUCAUGCUAUAGCUUGGAGCAAGAGUUCCUGUCAUCUGCUAGCCUGCCACGUUAGUUAUAUAUGCUUGUCUACUUUCCACUGAUUUUCUCACUCUUGUUCUUUCAAGUAAAGUCCAAGUGCCAUAUGUAUAUAUAGAUCACCUUAUCUACACGCACUCCUUUAUUUUCAA